CUUCAUCGAACGAGCACACCUGGGGGCAGCGCACCUUCCCGCAUGAACAUCGCACAGGAACUCUUCAGACUCAAAAAGAAGAAAGCAUGCUGGGCCUUGCUAUCGGACAGGCGACGGCAGAUGGUGCCCCGCCAUGAACAAACACUCUAUCACUGGGUGAACCGGAGGGAUGUCGGGGCGGUCUUUGCUACCAAUUGCCACAUUUUUGUGACCGUCUUAGGGGAUGACGAGGAACCACCUCCCUGCCUCGCGUGUUUAGGACUGUACAGUGUCCAUGCAUACCAAGUUCGGCUGAAUCGACCUAUGCCGGACGAAGAAAAAAUGAAGUUUGUCCCGAUGAUCAUUUAUCGCUGCCAAGACCUAGGGGAGCUGUACCUCAAAUAUAAGGGCCUUCGUCAACUAGUCGAGACGGAUGAUGGUCGCUCGCCAUCGCUCAGAUUCAGUCAGGGUGUCGUAGCCGGGCACUAUCGUGACUAUGACGUACUCCUUGGAUGUGUAGAGGCCAUAGUCACGAAAGUGACCCGU